UUACGCUUUUGCCCCCUCAAGAGGAUCAGAAUCUCUUUCAAGCUCACAAUUGCGCAAGGCUCCUGGCUGGAGAGCGGGUAUCCGGCCCCCUCCAGGAGCUCUUGGGUGGCACCUGACUCUGGAAAAGAACCAUGGACUUCUGGCUUUGGUCCCUUUACUUCCUGCCAGUCUCUGGGGCUCUGAGGAUCCUCCCGGAAGUACAGCUGGAUGGAGAGCUGGGCGGAUCCAUUAUCAUCAAGUGCCCAAUGCCUGACAUUAAUGUGAGGCUGUACCUGUGCCGGCAGAUGACCAAGUCUGGAGCUUGUGUUACGGUGGUGUCCAGCACAUUCAUCAGGAAGGAAUACUGGGACCGAAUCACUCUAAAGCCAUGCUCAGACAAGAAUCUCUUCCUGGUAGCGAUAAUGAAGUUGACCGAAAGUGACAGCGGGAUCUAUGCCUGUGGGGUGGGCAAGUACACAGACUUGGGAAAGACCCAGAAAGUCAUCUUGAAUGUACACAAUGCCUAUGAGCCAUUCUUGGAAGAGGAGCCGAUAUCUGGGCCUCCAGAAUGGUUUCACAGAUACCUGCACAUGCAGAUGCCCAAGUGGCUCCAAAUUGUCACACAAACCAGUUCUUCUGAAUCCAUUGCCGCAGUUACCACCCCAGCUCAAAGGAUGGAGAGCUCUCCAGCCCACCAUUCUUCCCCCACCACUCUAGCAAUUCACUAUCCUGGAGUUUCCAGAACAUCUUCGGUAGCCACUGCCAAGCCUCCAACUCUCCUGACAACCACUACCUCAAAAACUCCCACUCAGGAGGGGCUAUUCGGGCACCAAGUGACCAGCUACAACUACCACACCAGGCAGAGAUCCUUCUACCACUCCGAUGGCUCAAGCUCGGGGAGCUUGGACCAAGGGUUUCACAUCCUGGUACCCACUAUCCUGGGCCUUCUCCUGUUGGCCCUUCUGUGGCUGGUGAUUAAAAGAGCCGUUCAAAGGAGGAAAGGAGAACUGGAUACAGCUCUUUCCGGUCCCGGAGCCUCGGCGCCACCCCAGGGUCCACCGCAGAAAUAUACCAGUUCCAGACAAGAGAGAGUGAGGUGGGGAGAGAAAGCAAAGCAGCAUGUGUCUUCUAGAGGCAGGGGGCUCUUCAGGAGCACGUCCGUAUCAGAAGCAGAGGCAUCCUACCUUCUCUCUGAAGUUUGUGAAGCAAGAUCAUAGUCGGACAUUAUCUUUGGAUUGAUGACAACUACAAAGUACAGCCAGAGCUUAGAGCUAGAGAAUGCUUCCUCUUACUGCUGGCCUUUCCCAGUCUUCCUGGGCACUCAUUCAGAAGGAGCAAAGAAAAGCUUCCAGACCUAAAUUGAACUGCAAAAUAAAUGUCCUCUCAGAUUGAACAGUACACCCAGGGACAUUGUCACCGUCAGCAAUGCUUGCUUGACACUGUCACCUGAGAAAAGCAAAAUGGCUACCAUGAGGAAAGAAGGGCACCCAAGGAGAAGAGCCAGCAGGGGCUGAGGGGGGUUGGGCUGCAAGUGUGGACAGGACAGGAAAGCUUUAGUGACACUGCUUUUGUGCUGAGUAUUUUAACUACAUGUUACCUUCUAACAUUCACUUUUCAAACCUUUGCCCCUGAUUCCUACCCCAGUACUCUGUCCCUGCAGACAGAUCAUUUCCAUGCACUCAAGUUCCAUCUCAUACCCCAGCCUCCCUCCUUACUCAUCAACAAUCCACAGGCAAGCAGAAAUCCACUUUAUUAAAUAUUUUGCCGAGUACCAAUUCACCCCAGACUGUUGUGGGAAUCAUGGAAGGUGAAAGGGGAACAGGGUCAUGGCAGUCUACUGCCUUUGUGAACCCCACAUCUCAAAAAUAAAU